AUGAGUUUUGCAUACAUGCUCUCAACUUCGGUGUCAUUGCAGGUAAUUCUGACUUGUCUCUUGCUGUUUCACGCCGACAACCACGUCGUCUCAGCAGCUGAAUCCAUUAACAUUUUCUCGUUUAUUCACGACCUGAUUCAGUAUAACGUAGCGGGGAUACCGCUCAUCCAUGAGCGGACGGAAUGGGACUUUGAUCCGGACGUCGGGAAACAGAGAAGAGUAAAGUACGAGCAGCAAAAUGGUCGCCAUGGGGAGCUCGCCAUCGAGAGGAUCGGCAUGGGUAUUGGAUACAAAGGUCCAUGGGGAACGCCAGCGUGAAAGCGCAUCGAUUAAAAUUAAUCAAUUAACUGUAAAAAGGGGACUUUAAUAAUCAAUCGACUAUGUCGAAGACUGUAUGCCUAGCUAGUCUGAAAAAUAAAAAUAUAUUUC